AGCAAUGUAACAAUCUCCGACCUCGGGACCCAGUUCUACCUGAGCCAGGCCUAUAUCGGGGAGAAUAGGGCAGAGGCCUGCUACCGUAAAACUAGUGAACUAAACAUCUAUGUCGACGUAGACAGGGAGACUGGUGACCUGACGGAGGAAUUGAUCAAGAAGCACAGUGUGGUGGUCCUAACCAACUCCAGCCUAGAGGAGCAGAUUAGAGUCAACAAGAUUACACAUGAGAACGGAAUCGGAUUUAUCGUUGCCGAUGUUCGUGGUCUGUACGCCCAGGUCUUCACUGAUCUCGGGGAGCAGUUCACUGUCUUCGACGUGAACGGAGAACCGGCCAAAACGGCGAUGGUGGCGAGUAUUGGCCGAGAGGAGAAGGGCGUCGUAACCUGCUUGGACGAAGUCAGACACGGCUUUGAAGAUGGGGAUGUGGUCAAGUUUACCGAGGUUCAGGGUAUGGAGGAGGUAAACGACAAGGAGUUUACUGUAUCUGUGAUUGGUCCUUACACUUUCUCUAUCGGAGACACGUCGGGAUUCUCGGACUACGUCAGGGGCGGUGUAGCUAUUCAGGUGAAGAAGCCUGUGAACCUGAAGUUCAAAGCCAUGGAAGAUUCCCUGGCUGCCCCCGAGAUUGUAUACACAGACUUCGCUAAGUUCGAAGCUCCCGAGUUCUUGCAUGCUUGCUAUCAAGUUCUUCAUAGUUACAUAAAUAAAUAUGGCCGAUCACCCGCUCCAUGGAGCUCCUCAGAUGCAGACACGUUCCUUGCCAUGGCCAAGGAGCAGUUCCCUGAGAAGGUGACCAACGAGGAGUAUUUUCUCCAGUUUGCUAAAAUCUGUGCUGGAGAUCUGAACCCAAUGUGUUGUGCUGUGGGAGGUAUUGUAGCACAGGAGGUGAUGAAAGCAACCAGUGGUAAGUUCUCUCCUAUCUAUCAAUGGUUGUAUUUUGAUGCUCUGGAGUGCUUACCCGAGGAUAAAUCAAAGCUGACCGAGGAGGCUUGCAAACCUCAAGGAUCAAGAUACGACGGCCAAAUCGCUGUGUUUGGAUCUGAGUUCCAGGCUGAGCUAGGUCGGAAGAAAUAUUUCCUGGUUGGAUCUGGAGCUAUAGGUUGCGAGCUUCUCAAGAACUUUGCUCUGAUAGGACUCGGUUGUGGUGAGGGAGGAAUGGUUUCUGUCACUGACAUGGAUCUCAUUGAACGGUCUAACUUGAACCGACAGUUCCUGUUCCGAGAUCAUAACAUUCAGCAACCCAAGUCCAAAUGUGCAGUAGAGGCAGUGUCGGUUAUGAACCCCGACGCCAAGUACACCGCCAUGGAGCUCCGUGUCGGGCCUGAGACCGAGAGUACCUUCAAUGACGAGUUCUUUGAGAAGCUGGACGGGGUUGCGAACGCUUUAGAUAAUAUAGAAGCGCGUACAUACAUGGAUCGUAGAUGCGUUUACUACAAUAAACCUCUUCUAGAGUCCGGUACUCUUGGGACUAAAGGAAACACACAGGUUGUGAUACCAAAGCUGACCGAGUCCUACAGCAGCUCCCAGGAUCCCCCGGAGAAGAGUAUUCCCAUCUGUACACUCAAGAACUUCCCCAACGCUAUCGAGCACACCCUGCAGUGGGCCAGGGACAUGUUCGAGGGAACCUUCACACAGGGACCCCUCACUGCUGCACAGUAUAUUGAGGAUCCUUCUUUCAAGGAAAAGACAAUGUCGCUGCCUGGAUGCCAGCCUGUAGAAACUAUGGAAACUGUGAAACGCUUACUUGUUACAGAACGACCAACAACUUUAGAGGAUUGUGUUGCAUGGGCUCGUCUUACUUGGCAGGAGCUUUUCCAUAAUCAGAUUGCACAGCUUCUUCAUAACUUCCCUCCAGAUCAGAUCACCUCCUCUGGAAGUCCCUUCUGGUCCGGACCUAAGAAGUGUCCUAAACCCUUGAUCUUUGAUCCCUUGAACAAGACACACAUGGACUUUGUGGAGGCAGGUGCCUGGCUUCUAGCAGAUGUCUACGGUAUCACUAAGAACAAAGAUAGGGUGGAAUUUGCAGAAAUCCUAAAGUCUGUGAAUGUUCCCGUCUUCGUGCCAAAAUCAGGAGUUAAGAUUGCUGUGACAGAUGCAGAGGCUCAGGCUCAAUCAGAGGCUGGAUCUGACAGUAACACGGUGGAGAAUCUGCUUGGUGAUAUUCCGGCUCCUGAGGAGUUCAGGAAACAGAAGUUGAGGAUUACGCCGCUAGAGUUUGAGAAGGACGAUGAUACUAACGGUCAUAUUGAUUUUAUCGUCGCAACUAGCAAUCUAAGAGCAGAGAACUAUUCAAUUCCACCUGCAGACAGGCUCAAAUCUAAGGGGAUUGCUGGACGUAUUAUCCCAGCAAUUGCAACCACCACCUCCCUAGUUGCUGGGCUGGUCACCCUGGAGCUGUACAAGUUGCUGCAGGGGCACACCAACAUAGAGAUGUACAAGAACGGGUUCGCUAAUCUCGCUCUUCCAUUUUUUGCUUUCUCCGAACCCAUCCAGGCACCAAAGAACAAGUAUUACGAGACAGAAUGGACUCUUUGGGACAGGUUCGAGAUCAACUCCGUGAAGGAGGACGGCACCGAGAUGACCAUGAAGGAGUUCAUGGAACACUUUGAGACGGAACACAAGCUUGAGAUCACAAUGCUUAGCCAAGGAGUCACAAUGCUCUACUCCUUCUUCAUGCAGAAAGCUAAAAGAGAGGAGAGAAUGCUGAUGCCCAUGAGCGAGGUUGUGAAGAGCGUGAGUAAGAAGGAGAUAGAUCCUCAUGUCCGAGCCCUGGUCCUGGAGCUCUGCUGUAAUGAUACCGAGGGGGAGGAUGUCGAGGUCCCCUACGUCAAAUACAAUCUCCCUGCCAGAACCUGAGCUAGGCUGUCGCUAGACCUAUCAACACGUUCACAUUCACCAAGCUUUUAUCCCGACACUCCGUCACCUAGAAAAUCAAGAACCUGCACUGUUUGCUAAUAUGUAUUGUAUACCCCAGCUACGCACUAUACUACGCAGGAUCUAGUGACUUAAACUAAUAUUUAGUAAAUUUAAUCCAAAUCGUCUGAUGGAUAUUUUUUCAGAAAUAAUAUUGUAAUGUAA